AUGCAAAGAAAUACGCCCAAGGAGGCGCACGCUCUUCAGCGAGCUAUUGCAUUCGGUGACAUACCCAAAGUAUCCUUUCUCUUAGAGGCAGGUUACGAUCCGAACAAACAGGGCGAAUUCUAUGGCGAUCCACUUAGCGCCGCAGUUUACCAUUGUCACAAGCACCCCAGGGUUGUCCAAGCCCUUCUCGAGAAAGGCGCGAGCCCUAAUAGUUCCGGGGGUGAACGGCAUGGUCCGCCACUUGUUACUACGGCGGAAGCUGGAAAUCUAAAUGCAAUACAGAUGCUCCUCGACGCGGGCGCUAAUGUUCACUGUCAUGGCGGAAGGUAUAACACUGCGCUUCAAGCAGUAAUGACGGCAUCCGACCACAGAAAUAAACACGGGAUUAUUAAGCUUCUGUUGAACUAUGGGGCAAACGCAUGUAUAACAAGCGGUCAGUUUUAUUCCGCUCUUUCAUCGGGGUUUACGUUACUACCAAGGGAUGAUUGCAUUAUAUCUCAACUCCUCGACUAUACGCUAUCCCAAAAGCCUAGGAAGGACUUAUUAGACCACACGAUAAGAGCUGCUGCAUGCUUAGGAGAUCUAGCAUCAGUCCAAAUCCUACUCAGCGCCGGUGCAGGUCCAAAUGCGGUUGCAGAAGCGGUUGAAUCAGCAAAUAUUGAUUUAGUUCGUUUCCUUGUGAAAAUAUUUGAGUGUUUACCGGAGCAUGGAGCUGAUGUGAACCUUGUGUCCGAGAGGUAUGGUACUCCUCUACAGGCUGCUGCGUUUGCUGGGAACACUGAGCUUGUCAAGAGACUAUUCGAUAGAGGAGCCGACCUAAAUAUCUCCUGUGGACAUUGGGGCUCACCCCUGAUCGCGGCCGCAAACGCAGGACUCAAAGAAAUAAUAAUGUUGCUAUUGCAUUCUGGUGCAGACAUAAACAAGAAGGGUGGAGACCCAGGGACCGCACUUCGGGCAGCUUGUGAAGUGGGUGACUUAAGAAGCAGCCAAACUACUUAUCAGCUAUGGAGCUGA